UCUUUCUGUCUUGCUUCCCAGCGUUCUGUGAACAAACGAACUACAUUUCCCAUCGGCCGUUUUUGUUUCCUCCACAAUGGACGGCUCUUUCGUCCAUGUUGCUUUCUGAUCUCUUGCUGUAGUGCUGGGACUGUCAGGUCCCAGGUCUCAGUCCCAGGUCAUGUUUGAUGACAUACAGAAGAUCCAGACCUCACCAGGGACACAAGAUAUGACAGAUGUUACCAACGUACAAGAUGAACCCGAGCAGUUGACAAUCGGUGAAGGGACUACGGUGGGCCACUGCCAUAGCCUUACCUAUUCGGGCAGAGUACAGGUGGACAAUUAUUUCCAUUCUUCAGAUAUCGACAGAGACUCCGACAAUGAGGAGACAAGUCCAAGUGUUUUGCUAUUCCCGGGAGAGGCUGACGUAGAAUUGGCUGGUGAUAAGAAGCCCGUGGUGAGAAAUACAUGCUUACAGAUUCACACUUCCUCCACGCUGGAGAGUCCGGCAGAAGAGCACCUCAGUGACGAGGUCCGGCCCUUCUCUCUAGACCAAAGCUUUGACUACGACCGGGUGGCGCUGACCUCUAAACUCUCCGAGCAGGAGAUGAACUUCCUGAGACUGAGAGAACCUGGUAAGGAGGAGGAGACGGAGAGCGGGAGACCUGAGGAAGGAUUCUCGGAGCUGCCGCUCUGCCCAUCACCCGCUCUUGUUUAGGGAUGACGGAGACAAAGUCGCGCACGUUCCCAGCCUUGUGUUUUGAAAGGAGAAUACUAAAAGAGAUCAAAUGCAAUUAGCGAGUGGCAGAUUGAUGGCGAGAUGGGCACCAUAUUGAGUUCAUAUAAUGUGAUUAGUACUUGGCGUACGCGCGGCGCGGGCGAUGCUUAGCAGCCGCCGCUCAUUCCGGUUGUCAGGUGUGUAGACAAUGCUCUGCUGGUGCCGGCCUCAUGCUGCUCCUUUUCACUUGUUGUCUAACAUGGUGAAUGGGUUUUGUUUGCUUGUGUCUAUGUGUUUUGUUAGGGGCCAGCCAGCAGGACCGCCAUCUCCUGGGAGGGGUAGACGGCCCCUAAAGCACUGCAACACGUCAGUCUUAUCUCGGUAAAUUGGAAACAGCUAAAUGCAGUGAAAAGAAAAUAAUAAAAUCCAGUCAAUUGAGA